AUGAGGAAGAUCCGCGCCAAUGCCAUCGCCAUCCUGACCGUAGCCUGGAUCCUGGGCACUUUCUACUACUUAUGGCAGGACAACCGAGCCCACGCAGCAUCCUCCGGCGGCCGGGGCGCUCAGAGGGCCGGCGGGAGGCCAGAGCAGCUCCGCGAGGACCGCACCAUCCCGCUCAUUGUGACAGGAACACCUUCCAGAGGCUUCGAUGAGAAGGCCUACCUGGCAGCCAAGCAGCUGAAGCCCGGCGAGGACCCUUACAGGCAACAUGCCUUCAACCAGCUGGAGAGUGACAAGCUGAGCCCCGACCGAGCCAUCCGGGACACCCGCCAUUACAGUUGCCCGUCUGUAACCUACUCUGCGGACCUGCCGGCCACCAGCGUCAUCAUCACAUUCCACAAUGAGGCCCGCUCUACCCUCCUGCGCACCGUGAAGAGCGUCCUGAACCGAACUCCAGCCAGCCUGAUCCAGGAGAUCAUCUUAGUGGAUGACUUCAGUUCAGAUCCUGAAGACUGUCUGCUCCUGACCAGGAUCCCCAAGGUCAAGUGCCUGCGCAAUGAUCGGCGGGAAGGGCUGAUCCGGUCCCGAGUUCGUGGGGCAGAUGUGGCCACAGCUGCCGUGCUAACCUUUCUGGACAGCCACUGCGAAGUGAACACCGAGUGGCUGCAGCCCAUGCUGCAGCGGGUCAAGGAGGACCACACCCGUGUGGUGAGCCCCAUCAUUGAUGUCAUCAGUCUGGAUAACUUUGCCUACCUUGCUGCAUCUGCAGAUCUUCGAGGAGGAUUUGACUGGAGCCUGCAUUUCAAGUGGGAGCAGAUCCCUCUUGAGCAGAAGAUUGCCCGGACCGACCCCACCAAGCCCAUAAGGACUCCUGUUAUAGCUGGAGGAAUCUUUGUGAUCGACAAGUCCUGGUUUAACCACUUGGGAAAGUAUGAUGCCCAGAUGGACAUCUGGGGGGGAGAGAAUUUUGAGCUCUCCUUCAGGGUGUGGAUGUGCGGUGGGAGCUUGGAAAUCGUGCCCUGCAGCCGGGUGGGCCACGUCUUCAGGAAACGACACCCCUACAACUUCCCUGAGGGCAAUGCCCUCACCUACAUCAGGAACACCAAGCGCACCGCGGAGGUGUGGAUGGACGAGUACAAGCAGUAUUACUACGAGGCCCGGCCCUCGGCCAUCGGGAAGGCCUUUGGCAGCGUAGCCACACGGAUUGAGCAGAGGAAGAAGAUGAACUGCAAGUCGUUCCGCUGGUACUUGGAUAAUGUCUACCCAGAGCUCACAGUCCCCGUGAAGGAAGUACUCCCUGGCAUCAUUAAGCAAGGAGUUAAUUGCUUGGAAUCCCAGGGCCAGGACUCGGCUGGAAACUUCCUGCUUGGAAUGGGGAUCUGCAGAGGGUCUGCCAAGAACCCCCCAGCACCCCAGGCAUGGCUGUUCAGUGACCAUCUCAUCCAGCAGCAGGGGAAGUGCCUGACUGCCGCCUCCACCUCCGUCACCCCAGGCUCCCUGGUCCUGCUGCAGGGAUGCAACCCGAGAGAGGGCAGGCAGAGAUGGAGGAGAAAAGCCUCUUUCAUCCAGCACUCGGUCAGCGGCCUCUGCCUGGAGGCCAAGCCCGCCCAGCUGGUGACCAGCAAGUGCCAGGCCGACGCCCCGGCCCAGCAGUGGCAGCUGCUGCCGCACACAUGACGGUAGCCCCGGGCCUCCUGGACCUUUUGCAUGAGACUUCGGGACCGGAAGCGGGUUAGGGUGGGGGAGUGUAAAGCCGUUCCCAUCUCCUCACAUUUCUGCCGGACUCAUCAGCAAACACCCCUGCCACGACACACGUCUCUCCAAAGCUUGUUUGGGGCGGGCGUGGGGAAGCAGGCCCCGAUGCGCUGGCUGCCAGCCUGGCCUUGCCCCAGAAGAGAAGGUCAGGAUGCUGGACUGCUGCUGGACAGAGACUGGGCAGACCCCCCUCACCCCCCGGCCCUUUGUCCCCUUCCCUUUACCCUCCUGGGGUCCUGGACAGUGUUUGGGGGGCCGUCCCCCAUUGGCUGGGGAGAGCAAGGACAGAAGCCCGCACAGGGCCCCUCCUGGGUCACAGGGCCUACCUGUGGGAUCGUCAUGAGAGGAGACUGUGGACAACAUGGAUGGGGAGGCUGAGGGCUGGACGAGGGGCAGCCUGAAGGCAAGUGGAGAACAGGAAGCUGGUGAGAAGUUUGGUGGCCUGUCCCAGGCAGGUGCUGGGUUGAGUGUGGGAGGGAUGGGAUCUGGAGCAAAGGAUGGAUAAUUUGCAGAAGGACAUGGAUGGAAAAGCAGCAAAGCACCAGAAGAGUUAGUUUCUUCCCAACAACCUAUAGUUCCUCCCAGGCUGUGUCAGUCCCUGGGCAUUGUGCCCUCCCUGUGCUCUGGUCUCCACGUUCCUACCAGAAGCUGCAAGAGCCCUCAUGGGCAGCCUUGGGACCCGGUUUAUGAAACAGAUCCCACUUCUGUUUGGCCGUGCGUCAGGCCAAGACCUCUUUCUUGGGCCUUAAGACCAGCUGGGGUCGUGUCCCCUCCGCCUGGGCCCAUGGUGAUGACCCGGUGAGGGCAGGCAGCCACCGCACACCACAGGAACAGCCCCAUCCUUGUUCAGGCCUUUUGACUCCUGCCUUCUCGAAAGCCUUUACCUCUGUAAAUACAGCGUUGGGAUGUUGAAGUGGCUGGUAAGAACAGGACCUCCCUUCUGGAGCUAAACAUUCCCCAAGACUUGGGCAGUAAGUCGUGGAGGCUAAGACUCAUCCAUACCCCUCCCCACUGCAGGACGGAGGCCUGAGAAAGGGUGGGUUCCCACAGUGAGGGGGGAGGCUGGCAGGUGGCUCCUGUCUGUGUGCAGAGCCCCUAGUUCCUUCUCACCGCCACUGGGCCCACGGCCUGGUCUUGGAAACGUCCCUGCUAUUUCCCAUUUCCUCUUCCCCAACCCUGAGGCUCAGGCAGUGUGAGCUUUGGCAAAAGACCAGGAGUAUGCGGACCCCUGGGUAUCCCCCUCCCAAAGCAAAUCAGCCUGGGGCUUCUAGGCAGUUCAUGGAUUCCAGAGGGCCUGGGACUCUCCUCUGAAAUUGUCCCCCAAAUCGUGCGUGUGUAUGCAUAUGUGCAUUUCCUGGGGAGAGGGUCCACGGAUCGUCCCAGCUUCUUGCCGAGGUCCAUGAUCCCCAAAGGGACUGAGCCUCUGCUCUGGACUGAAGUGACACCACCGCCCCCCCCCCGACCCCACCCCAGUUGAGCUGCCCUUCUCCCUCCCUGGCAUUCCUAGACUGCUAGUUCCUGCUCCCCAACGCGGCCCUCAGGCCAGCAGCCCCACCAUGGGGGUCUCAGUGGCUUCCUCUCACCCCCCCGGCUCUCACCAGGCCCCCUCAAGCAGUGCUCCUGGGCCCCAGCACGGGGCCACCAUCUCCCGUCCUCUGUCCCUGUGUUUCCUCCACCCCCAUCUCUGUUGUGCGCAUCCCCCCCACAGGCAGCAUGGACCCUUGGGGAUGGGGAGGGGGCACAGCUUCCUUCUUUGAAUGUAAGGGGGCUGCUGCUGGGAGAAGCCCCUGAGAGCCCCCUCCUUCCCGGUGGUCAGAGUGCACCUGUCAGCCAUCCUUUGUGGGACUCAGCCCCGUUCUGUUCUUGCUUUUCCUCUUCUUGACCAAAGCAUGUGCCACUCGCUGUCCCUGAGGGCCUCAUCUUUAUAAAACACACACCUGGAAUAAAACCACUUCUCACACGUACACGUGCA